AUGCAACCGGAAACAGUCAAGAAAGAGCCCGAGACCAACUCUCCGGGAUCGAGUGUGAACGCUGCUUCCAACACACCGCAGACGAAUGGUUCGAACGGCAAACCCACCGCACCCCAGAAUGGCACUGCAAAUGGCCAAUUUCCGGCGCCGAAGACGGACAAGCCUCGACCUCACGUCUGCACGACCUGCGGCCGAUCCUUUGCGCGGCUAGAGCAUCUCAAGCGACACGAACGAUCACACACCAAAGAGAAGCCUUUCGAGUGUCCCGAGUGCACGCGAUGCUUUGCGCGAAGAGACUUGCUGCUGCGGCAUCAGCAGAAGCUGCACAUGACCAAUGCCACGACUCGUCCCCGACAGGGUAGACGAGAGAGUGCCAGCGGUGUUUCGAAUGGCAAUGGUAGAGUCCGCAAGAACUCAGUCGCCAAUGCGAACAUUGGUGGUGCGGCUGGAAACCUCGCACAGCAACGACCACGAGCCAACACAGUCAGCCACAUUGACCUUGCCUCGCUUGGCUUGGUCGACAACAACCACCCACAUCUGAACCGCAUGAAUGCGCUUGGCUUGGGAAUGGCACACCCCAUGAACGUCAAUGGCCUUCCUGGGCCCGACAGCUUCGACUAUCGAGGCAUGUCAACCUCAGUUGGACAUCAUGGUAAUGGCCAUGGCCUGCCCAAGUUGGAUACCCAGCACAUUAAUAACAUGGACAUGAGCAAUUCCCUACGAACGGCGCCAGCUGGCAACUUUGGUGGCUUUGACAUUGAUCAGCUCUUCACACCACACACUACCAUCAACCCAGCAGCUCUUCACUUUGGCGGAGCUGGCCAGAUAGCUUCUACGAACAUCCCAUUCGGCUACGACAUGAGCAGCAACCAGCAAGUCCCGACCGAUGAUGACUUUGGCUGGAUGCGCAACUGGAACAUGCAGAUGGCGAAUGGUAACGACAACGAGCAGGCCAUUGACGAGUCAUCGCCAUCCCGCAUUAGUAGCGGCGAUAGCCCCGCCGACUUUUCUGAAAGCAUGAGCAAUAGCCAGGUCGGCAUCGCCAUGCCACAGAGCAGCUCACCAUGGCAGCAGCAAGAGAUGCAAGCACAGCAGAUGAUGACGACAGGUCCAUUCCAUAUGGAUGCCCUAGGUACAGGACUACCGAAUCUUGAAUCCAUGAAUGGCACUGUAUCACCCACCAGCUUGCACGACCCAACCCAAACGGCCGAUGCAUACUUCCACCAGGCCAUGGCGCAACAAAACGGCCAUCCGCAACACCACCAUUCGAUGCCAGACAUCAUGCAUGGCCAGAACGGAAGCACGUUUGGAAACCCGCUGUCCAACUUUGGAUCAAAUAGCCCUAGUAUGUCCUCGUCGUCCAUGACUGGUAGUGCCAGACAGAGCUCAGUGACAUCGAUGUCUACAGAUUCCAUCACUGACUCCACGCGGCAAGCUCUACUGAACAGCCUCAAUCAACCCUCUGUCUAUGGAACCAGCCACCGCAAGUUCUCGCAGCCGUCCGUCAGCUCUCCACUUUCCCCAGGAGCAGCUAAGGGUGCUGUGCAGCCUCAGGGGCCAAGCUUGCCUCCGACAGCUGAUAUCCGAAGAUACAUCGACGCAUUCAUCCAGUUUGCAGCCCCGCAUCUGCCAGUGUGCCAUGUCGCCACGUUGUCGUUCGAUGUGAUCGAGACCAAUAGCGGUCCACGGGGAACACCACCAUCGAGCAGUUCGGCACAGGGCGGCAACACCGGUGGCGCGAGAUGCCUAAUACUCGGUAUGGCGGCCAUUGGGGCUUUGUACGAGUAUGACCACCCUGCUUCGAAAGAUCUCUUCGAAGCCGCAAAGAAGAUGAUCCAGCUGUACCUCGAAGAGAGACGCAAGGCAGACAUCUCUGCCGCAGCCAAUGGAGCCAACGCUGGAAGCGAAACACCACUUUGGCUUGUGCAAGCAAUGCUACUCACGGUCAUCUACGGACAUCACUGCGGUGAUAGGAUCGCUGCAGACAUCGCAAGCAAUCACAUCGCGGCUCUUGUCAGUCUCGCUAGGUCUGCCGAGCUCGCCAAGCCUCCCGCCAGCCCGUCGGGCUCUGCAGAUGGCAUUCAACAGCAAAAGAAUGGCGAUGUCGAUAUGGCUGAGAAUGGAGCUGUCAACGGGCACGGUGGAGAUCUGCAAACUCAAUGGCUGACGUGGAAGACCGCCGAAGAGCGCAAACGCUGCCUCUUUGCCAUCUUCGUCAUGUCCAGCUUGUUGACCACUGCGUACAACCAGACUCCGACGAUCAUGAACUCGGAGAUUCUGCUAGAUUUGCCAUGCGCGGAGGAGCUCUGGGAAGCCCGCAGCGCAGAAGAGUGGGAGUCCCGGGGUGGAAUGGCUGCAGCUGAAGCCAGCUCCAUCUCGUUUGCGUCUGCAUUGAGCACCCUUCUCACUGCCAAUGAGCGACAAGGCAACAACUUCCCCCCGAGCAUAUACAACAGCAGCGGUGAUUCUUCAGUGGCACAUCAAAGUGGCGAGGAAGACAUCAAGCCAAGCACCUAUGGCUGUCUUGUCUUGAUCAACGCCUUGCACAACUACAUCUGGGAGACCAGAAGCAGACACCCACAUCGACCUUGGACGCUUUAUGAGACUGAACAGAUGGUCCAGCAUAUCGAGCCAGCAUUGAAUGCUUGGCAAUUAGCAUGGAAGGCUCACCCGCACCAUAAGUUAGAGCGACCAAAUCCAUUUGGUCUUGGCCCUCUGUCAGCUGACAGCAUCCCUCUCCUGGAUCUGGCUUUCGUGCGACUUUACGUCAAUCUGGGUCGGAGUGCAGAAGCUUUCUGGCGCCGUGACUUCGACGGCAUGGCUAAUGCGCUGGCCGACUUCGAGGAGGACACUGAGAACCCAGACGGCCCCAAGAUACGAAAGGGGUCGACAGGCGCUAAUGGCUCUGCAAACAACACUCCAGCGCAGCGGAGACCAUCGCAGCUACAGCAUGGAGACCAGAACUGCUCGAGGCGAGAGAAGCACCUCCGCAAGGCUGCCUUCUACGCUGCCGACUCUCUCACCAUCGCAUGCAACUUCAACCUGACUUAUGCCGAUGCCACUGCACAUGAGCUGCCCAUCCAAUCCGCCAUCUGCUUUUUCGACUGCUGUCAAGUGCUUGCCGAGUGGUGUACGACGGUCCAAGAACGUGUGGGCAACUAUCUUGGUGUUAUUGGUCGCGAUCACGUCGAAUAUUCACAAGUGCCGGCUAUCAUGCUGUUGACGGCGGAAGAUGUGGAGUUGCUAGAGAAGAUUAAGCAAAUCUGCAUCAACAUGGAGGAGAAGCGAUUGCACCAAGAAAGUCUUCUGGCCAUGGACAUGAACAACUUCAAUCCUUCAACAGGCAUGAAUACUCUGGCGAAUGGGGUUGAUUUGAGCUCUUGUGGGCUUGGAAGCAAGGUGCUGAGAGUUACUGCCAUGAUGCUGGAGAAGGCGGUCAUUUGGCCGAUCACCCACGUCAUGGCAAAGGCCCUCGAAACCGAAGCCUCACACAUGGACCGUCGCGCUGCAGCCUCCUGCACGCAGUAA